UUUUUUAUUCUUUUUCUUUUAUCUUUUAUCCCUUUAUUGAAAUAGACUUUUUGAUAAUGUCCUCUGAUGAAGAAGAUGGGUUUGCUGGUGACUUGUUUGGGGAAGACGAAGAAACUAUCAUUCAAGUACCCAAUUCUACUGAAACUUACCAUCGUGAUGUUGCUUUUGUAAAGGACAAUGAUAUUGUAAAAACUUUUCAUAUCCGCCUGGUGGGCUCACACCCUUUAUGGGCACACCAUCUUUGGAAUGCUUCCAAAGUGUUUGCUUCUCUAUUUGAUCAGCGACCACAACUAGUACAGAACAAAACCAUAUUGGAACUUGGCGCUGGAGGUGCUCUUCCAAGUUUAGUAGCUGCUAUUCAUCAACCUACCAAGAUUGUCGUGACCGAUUACCCUGACUCUGAACUUCUCGAAAAUAUUCAAUACAAUGUGGAUCAAAACCUGGGAUCACUUAUACCAUCUGAUACUGUCUCUGUACUGGGAUAUAUUUGGGGCACAAGUACGGAUCAACUCGAAGCACAAUUACCAAAAGGACGUACAACUUAUGAUGUAAUUAUUCUUAGCGAUUUAGUCUUUAAUCAUUCACAACACCAUGCUUUAUUGAAAACAUGUCGACAAUUACUCACUCCAGUCACCGGUCGAGUUUAUGUAUUUUAUACUCAUCAUCGUCCUCAUUUAGCCCAUCGUGAUUUGGAAUUUUUUAAAAUUGCUGAACGACCUGUACUUGAACAAGUGGAUCCAGAUGAUCGUGACGCUAUUGGCUAUGGAUUCAAAACAGAUCAUUUUAUCACCAAAAAAAUGCAUGUCAUGUUUGAAGAAGAUCCUGGAGAUGAACAAGUACGUGCUACUGUACAUGGUUGGCAAAUGUGGCUUCCUUAAAUUUCUCUCUCUCUCUCUCUCACACAUAUAUAUAUAUAUAGUUAGUUAGUUAGAUACAUUCUCAUUCAUUCCUAAUCAUUCCAUUUUAAUUUUAUUUUCUCUUUUUCUAUUUAGACAUCUAUUUUUUUUUUUUUGUACAAAUAUUCUCAUCAUUCUCUUAUGUUCCUUUUUUUUUUGUAUCAUUUUACAAUAAUAAACGACUUUUGUUUACAUUGAUACUUUUG